GCUGCAGAGCCAGAGGAGGAGGGGAGAGGUCCGGAGGACACCAACAUGAACAAGUUGAAAUCAUUGCAGAAGGAUAAAGUUCGUCAGUUUAUGAUCUUCACACAACCUAGUGAAAAAACUGCUGUGAGUUGUCUUUCUCAAAAUGACUGGAAGUUAGAUGUUGCAACAGAUAAUUUUUUUCAAAAUCCAGAACUUUAUAUACGGGAGAGUGUCAAAGGAUCAUUGGUCAGGAAGAAGUUAGAACAACUUUACAAUAGAUACAAAGAUCCUCAGGAUGAAAAUAAAAUUGGCAUAGAUGGCAUACAGCAGUUCUGUGAUGAUCUGGCCCUCGAUCCAGCCAGCAUUAGUGUAUUGAUCAUCGCAUGGAAGUUCAGGGCAGCCACACAGUGCGAGUUCUCCAAACGGGAGUUCAUGGAUGGCAUGGCAGAAUUAGGAUGUGACAGCAUAGAAAAACUAACGGCCCAAAUACCCAAGAUGGAACAAGAAUUGAAAGAACUAGGACGAUUUAAGGAUUUUUACCAAUUUACUUUUAAUUUUGCAAAGAAUCCAGGACAAAAAGGAUUAGAUCUAGAAAUGGCCAUUGCUUACUGGAACUUAGUGCUUAAUGAAAGAUUUAAAUUCUUAGACUUAUGGAAUAAAUUUUUGUUGGAGCAUCAUAAACGAUCAAUACCAAAAGAUACGUGGAAUCUUCUGUUAGACUUCAGUUCAAUGAUUGCAGAUGACAUGUCCAAUUAUGAUGAAGAAGGAGCACGGCCUGUUCUUAUUGAUGACUUUGUGGAAUUUGCGCGCCCUCAAAUUGCUGGGACGAAAAGUACAACAGUGUAGCACUAAGGAACCUUCUAGAAUGUACAUAGUCUGUACAAUAAAUACAACGGGAAAUACACA